GGAAUGCAGCUGUAAGCCCAUCCCCAACCAACCCUCCUCCUUAUCUCUCUUGCUGUGCAUCCAAUAUCUCGCGCCGCGACACCGCCCUUAAGAUGUCACAAAGAGUCUACUUCCUCGCCCACGGCCGCGUCCAGGGCGUCAGCUACCGGCACUUCGCCCAUAAGAAGGCUGCCGAGCACGGCGUCACAGGAUGGUGUCGGAACACAGAGAAUGGCAAGGUCGAAGGCGAAGCCCAAGGGGAGGAGCAUUCUAUCAGAUUGUUCCUCAAGGAACUUGACAAGGGCCCGACGCAUGCGCGUGUCGUCAGGCUGGAUCAAGAGUCUCGAGAGGUGCAGGAGGGCGAGGAACUAUUUGUAGUGCGGCGGUAGAGAGCGAGGGCAUAUCCAAGUACUGGCGUUCGAGGAGCAAGUGAUCCAGGGAUAGGCUCCAUCCCUAUGUUA